UGUCAAAAACCUCCAAAAUGGCCGUUUUUCGGCUUGAUCCCUGUGGAAUUAUUUGUAUUUUCAUCACGUACUUAGCCGUGUUUUAUGCUGAUUAUGUUAUUGUGAGACAUUUGGUGAUCCCAUCUCUAACAGAAACGUUAUGGGGAGCAUUCUGCGUGAUUACCUUCAACACCAUUGUGCUUCUUCUCACUGUGUCUCAUCUCCGUGCGGUGCUCUCUGACCCCGGUAUUGUGCCCAUUCCAAAAACCAGCAUGGACUUUUCUGACAUCCACUCGGAAAAUUCUAAGAGGAAAACGAAUGACGGCUGGACUGUCUGUAUGAAGUGUGAGACUUACCGACCACCCAGGGCCCACCAUUGUCGCAUAUGUCGCCGUUGUGUGCGGCGGAUGGACCACCAUUGUCCCUGGAUCAACAACUGUGUAGGAGAGUUCAACCAGAAAUUCUUCAUACAGUUCCUGUUCUAUGUGGGUCUGGCCAGUGCAUUUGCCAUCACUAUGGUCAUUGUCUCCUGGAUGAUGGAGCCCAAAGCUCACAAGGAGGUCAAGCACAUCAAACUAGUUCACUCAGUCGUUCUGGUGAUAGAGAGUAUUCUUUUUGGCCUGUUCGUCAUCGCCAUCGGAUGUGACCAGAUGUCGGCCAUUUUAAACGACGAAACUGCCGUGGAGCAUGUGAAGAAGGAAGGACCGCAUCGAGUCAAAAAGUCACGCUACCACUUGCUGCAGGAGGUAUUUGGCCGAGAUCACCCGUUGCUGUGGUUAUGGCCCUUCCAGAUUGGCCGGCAGCGAGCUCCCCCAGCUGAGUCAACGCUGUACAACGUGUGACCCUAUGAUCUCGGGAGGAAGUUCAGCUGUAUUGUGUGUCUGUAUUGUGUGAGUGUGUGUGCCUGUAUGUGUUUGUGUGUGUGUGUGUGUGCGCGUGUAUGUCGAGGUUAUUUUUGUUCUGCCUCUAUGCUGUUUGUUCUGUAUGACCAUUUCCUCUGUUCAGCUGUGGAUGUUCAAAACUGCAGCUAAGAACAAAAGUCGAAAACAUCCACAUGUUUUAACAUGGCAUUAGUUAGGUGGAAUGGCACACGCUCAAAGAUUAACAACAGCAACAACAACAUCGGUGGAUGUUGUAACAUUUCUGUGUUCUUUAUGUGAGUUUGACACACAGAUCAUUAGUUCUUUGUGCAGUGGAUGGUUGGAGGGUGACGCUGGUUAGUCCUACGUCUUUUUUUCUUUCCGUUGUUUCUGUCUGUCUGGCUAGCUGGCUUUCCUUCCCCCCCACCCCCUCAUGAAAUGACACUGUGAUGUGGAAACACAUCUCUUUACGCAAACAAACAAUUUGUGCAGUGGGUGCUCUUGGCCUACUUGUUGUUGGUUUCUGUACCUCAGGGGGACUCAAAUUCAAACUACCCAGGGUUCCUUGGAGGUAGUGGCAGGGGGAGCCUUGGCUGCAUCCAGUGUUCCAAAAUGAAACAAUUAAUAUUGUUCCAAAAUGAAAAAAUUAAUAUUGUUUCAAGUAUUUUUUUAAAAAGUACAACUGAUCUAGUCUUUUCAAUUUUUAUUUGUAGCUGUUCAGAACCUGGACAGUUCUUCUGAACAUAGGCUUCUCUUACCUACCCUUUUCUACCAGAGAUCUGGCUCAUCCACAUUUGGUGUGAAAGAAAAACUUAAAGGCUGAACUAACACUAAACUUUGAUGACAAGUAGGUGCCACAAAAUAUCCCCCUGUGGGUCUCAAUUUGCCAAUGGGCUGUGGGUUUCAGACGCCUGAUGUACAGAGAAUGUGUGUGAAUUUGUCCUUUAUCCUCUUCUUUCUGUGUUUAUGCUUGUGUGUGUAUGCUUUUAUGUGUGUUUGUAUUUAUGUUUGUGUAUUUGUAUGUGAAUGUGUUGGUGUGUGUGUUUAUAAAUGUUUGUGUUUGUAUGCGGAUGUGUAGUUGUGUGUGUGAGAGAGAGAGAGAGACACACACACACACACAUUUCUUUCUUUGACAAUUCUUUGUUCACUCAAAAUGUUGCCCAGAGAGGUUGGGAGUUCAGCAGUGAUUUUGUACAGUAUUUGAUUAUUAUACUGAUAAAAUAUUGAGCCGCACUCGUGCA